AUGGCCAACCAUUCUGCGGUGGUGCUGCUCCGGGUAGUGUUGGUGCUGGUUACUGCAGCAGGUCGUCGGCCGGCUUUGGCCGACGAUCUAGGGUUGCUGGUGGACGUGGAAGGCAUUCUGAGCGAGCACCUGAUGCCCGUGUCGUACCUGAUGCUGGACGGUGAUCCCCAGGCUGCCGGAGAAGUCGAGGGUCGAAUGGAGAGUGAUUCAGCUGCGAAUGGCACCGAGCUAGACCCGGUGCUGGAUGCUAGCUACUCGCGUGCCCUCUGGACGAUGCGGUUCCAUCGCAACAUGAUCAAUUUGUAUCGCUGCAACGGGUACCUGGCCAAGCGCAUUCUCGCCGAAGCGUAUCCGGUCGGGAAGUCGUCGACGGCACAGCUAUCGAAGCGCAUGAGCAGCGCCCACUCGAACGGUAACGCUACGCUGGCUGCGAUGAUGACGGACAACUCGAUGCUCUACGACCAGGGUUCGGCCGGCUAUCGCGAGUGGUUGACGAAAACGGCCACGCUAGACGACAUCAACCAGAACUACUUGUCGGCGGCGGCGAACCCGGAGGCAAUCGGACAUGGCUACCAGCAGCGGGUGGCUCACGGCACCACCAGAGUCGGUGAGGUGGCAGGAGCAGGACCGGGGGAGCCGGAGCAGGAGCUCGAGUUCGACGAGGGUGUCAUCACGGGCUACGCAGUCCAGCCGGCGCCCGUCGCCAGCAACCCGUACUACCCCGUCCUCCCGGACCAUCCGUACCGGCGGGAGCUACUCCAGGGUGAAGCUGCUUCCGGCUAUGGUCGGGGCGACCGCGGGGACUACUACUACGCCGGCCAUCCGCCGGCGCUCGAGCUCGACCACAAAUCCCUCCGCAAGCCGGCGGGUUCGGUCGGGCUGAAGGACCUGUUCGAUAUAGCGCUCACCACGCUGGCGUUCCUGUCGUUCGGCAUGUUCAUCCUGCAGGUGAUCAUGUGCAUCACGAUGACGAAACCCGAAACCGGCAUGAUGAUCCUGCCGACGCAGGUGCCGGUCGAGGUGGACGUCGACGAAGGGGAGGUCCGGCAUCGCGCCGCCCGGCACCUGGUGCCGGGCCAGGGCCUCAGCUCGGCGGCCGGGGUUCACGAGCUCAACCGGAUCGCAGCCCAAGCGCUCGACUCGGUCGACGUCAUGCGGACCGGCGACCAGUGUCUGGAGCGGAGCCUUUGCUCCGUCAACCGCUUCGCUCGCACGGUCAAGACGAUCAAGUUCUACUGGAUACCGGUGUGGAGCUUGGCCGUUUGUUGGAAGGCUGGGGACGGACAGUUGACGGCGUUCCCUAGCGAGCGCCCAGCCUCGUCCAACGUCAUCAUGAGCUGCCUGAUCGCCACCCUGGCCGGACUGGGUAACGACAACUGCCGUAAGCUCUAUCGUUGCCCGCACCCCACGAACGGUGGCCAGUAG